AUGUGGGCUUUGCAGAUUACGCAUGAGGGGCCCAACAAGAAAGUGGGCAUACGACAGCGUACUUCGAAUCCCUGUAUACUGUGUGAGAGUGAGUGGGAGCUCCUCUACAUUUCAUCAAUGGCGGCCUUAGAAGAAGCCAAGCUUGAGAAUUUUCUGCAGUGGCUACAGGUGAAUGAAGUGGAACUACGGGGUUGCAAGAUCAAAUACUGCGAUUCCAGUAAAGGAUUUGGAAUUUUCUCGUCUCAUGACGUCCCUAAUGGGAUUCUACUGGUGGUCCCACUUCAUUUGGCGAUAACUCCUACAAGGGUGCUACAAGAUCCUUUAUUGGGACCUGAAUGUAAGGCAAUGCUUGAGGAAGGGGAAGUAGAUGACAGAUUCUUGAUAAUGUUAUUUCUAACUGUAGAACGUCUGCGGAAGAACUCUUCUUGGAAGCCGUAUCUUGAUUUACUUCCAACUACGUUUGGGAAUCCUCUUUGGUUCUCUGAUGAUGAGCUUUUGGAGCUUAAGGGAUCAACACUGUAUAGGGCAACCGAACUACAGAAGAAAAGCUUGCAGUCUCUGUUUGAUGACAAAGUGAAGAAAUUAGCAAACAAGCUUUUGGCUCUUGAUGGAAAUCCAGAAAGAGAAGUGACAUUUGAAGACUUCCUAUGGGCAAAUUCCAUUUUCUGGACUCGGGCACUGAAUAUUCCUUUUCCUCGUGUGUGUCUGUUCCCAAAUAUUCCAGAAGAGCAUGACAGCAUAAACAGCAGAGGUCCUGAUGCAUCCGCCAAUGACAUUGUUAGUGAGAAGUUUGUUUACAAAGAAAGUGGAAAAGCUGUACAGAUAAAAGAGCCUGAAAGCCAAGUUUCUGGACUUAUAUCCACUUCACCACAAGGAGAGACAAUAUGGGUUGAGGGUCUAGUGCCGGGCAUAGACUUUUGCAACCACGAUACAAAGCCUGCAGCAACUUGGGAAGUUGAUGGUAUAGGAUCAAUAACUGGAAUUCCUUUCUCAAUGUACCUUCUUUCAGCUGGGCAAAAUCUUUCCCAAAGCGAGCAAGAGAUCUCAAUCAGCUAUGGUGACAAGGGAAAUGAGGAACUGCUAUACCUUUACGGAUUUGUCGUAAAUGAUAACCCAGAUGACUUUCUCAUGGUUCAUUAUCCAGUAGAUGCUAUUAGAGAAGUUCCUUUUUCAGAGCCCAAACUGCAGCUUCUUGAAGCACAGAAAGCCGAAUUGAGGUGUCUCCUACCAAGAAGUUUGCUAAAACAUGGUUUUUUCUCUCAAAGUACUGCACCAGGAGAAACUAUUAAGGAGGCCACAAAGGGUACGGUUUCCAGUUACAGCUGGAGUGGUUUACGCAAGAUGCCCUCCUACGUUAGUAAACUUGUUUUCCCUGAUGACUUCUUAACUGCCUUGAGAACGAUAGCUAUGAAGGAAAGCGAUAUUUAUAAGGUUUCUUCGUUACUUGAGGAGCUUGUUGGAUCUGGAGGGGAGAGGCAACCAUCUGAGACUGAAGUUCGAUCCGCUAUAUGGGAGGUUUGCGGGGACUCCAGUGCUUUGCAGCUACUCGUUGAUCUCAUCAAUAUGAAGAUGAUGGAACUCGAAGAGGGUUCAGGGACAGAGGAGAGUGAUGCCAUUCUACUUGAGAAGGCAAGAUGCAUGGAAAACCUUGAAGAUUGCAGAAGAUAUGGCACCAACUGCUCUCGUCAGCAUCCUUUGAUGAGCCGGAACAGGUGGUCGAGCAUAGUAUAUCGAUUAGGGCAGAAGCAGUUAACUCGUAUGUUCCUAAAAGAAGCAGAACACGCCUUGCAAUUAGCACUGAGCGAGGGGAACUAG